AUACAUCUUAAUCCCAGUCACAAACUUCAGGUUUUCUGAGGAGCCCACCGCCGCUGCGCUUUUACAUUAGCUAGUAAGUGAAGAUAAUUAGUUUACGGCAGCUUAGCGCCACGGUAUUUUUCAGAAAAAUGAUAGGACAAAAGACUAUUCAUUCAUUUUUUUCGCCUGUCUCAAAAAAGAGAGUUUCUUCGGAUAUAACUGAAGCCGAGGAGGAUGCCAAAGACCCGAAGAAGCAGAAGGCCUCGUCGGUGGAUCCGUCCAGUCCGUCUCCAGCUCCUCUGUCUCCGGAGCUGCUGGACCGGAUCGCCCGCAACAAGAGAGCCGCGCUGGAAAGACUCGCUUCCGCUCAGACACCUCCGGGGUUUGGUGAGAGCUGGAGACGGGGACUGUCGACCGAGUUUGGAAAGCCCUAUUUCAAACAGUUGAUGAACUAUGUGGCUGAAGAGAGAAAACGCCACACUGUGUUCCCUCCUGCGGAGCAAGUCUUCAGCUGGACUCAGAUGUGUGACAUCCGAGAUGUCAAAGUGGUGAUUCUUGGCCAGGAUCCAUAUCACGGUCCUAACCAGGCCCAUGGACUGUGCUUUAGUGUCAAAAGACCAGUGCGUCCUCCACCCAGUUUGGAGAACAUGUACAAAGAACUGAUGUCCGACAUUGAAGGCUUUCAGCAUCCUGGACAUGGAGAUCUAACAGGAUGGUCCAGACAAGGUGUGUUGUUGCUCAACGCUGUGUUGACGGUCCGAGCACACCAGGCCAACUCCCACAAAGACCAAGGCUGGGAGACGUUCACUGACGCUGUGGUGCAGUGGCUCAGUAACAACCUGGAGGGCCUCGUCUUCAUGCUGUGGGGAUCAUACGCACAGAAGAAAGGAGCCUCCAUCAACAGGAAACGCCACCAUGUCCUCCAGACCGUGCAUCCUUCUCCUUUGUCUGCUCAUAGAGGAUUUUUUGGGUGCAAGCAUUUCUCAAAGGCUAACGAGCUGCUGGAGAAAUCCGGGAAGACUCCCAUAAACUGGAAAGCACUUUAAGUUGUUGUGCAUGUUUUUGAACAUGUAUGUUGGUAAACUACAGACCAAAAUCCACCCAUAAGCUUUCACAUUGUCCUGUUGUUUAGAGAUUUCUUUAUAAAAGAGUUCAUGUUGGCAGUUUAAACUGUUGUGUUUCAUGCUAUACUCUGACUUCUCCCAGACUCCUGUUUCAACAUUGUAAA